AUGUCAGCUUGUGAGCAGGCAAAUUGCUGGGAAAUGGCAGUGCAUCUAUUGUCCCAGAUGUGGCAAGGACCCGUUCACCCAGACGUCAUCGCCCUGAACAGCGCCUUAAGCGCUUGCGCCAGUGCCAAUCGUUGGGAGGUGGCCAUGCAGCUAGGAUCUCAUGCAUGGUCCAAGUCGAUCCGUUUGAACCUUAUCAGCUACAACUCGCUGAUCAGUGCCUUGAGUGUCGGUCAAGACUUUGUGAACCGUUGGGACCUGGAGGUCUUCCAGCAGAUGCAUCGUGAGACCGUGGCGCCUGAUGUCAUCACCUACAACGCCUUGCUGGGUGCCUGCACGCGGCGUGCGGAUUGGUCGUCUGCUCUGCUGUGGCUCCGAGAGGUGGAGGAGGCCGGCCUGCAACCGGAUCUGGUGACCUACGGCACUGUCUUGGCAGUGUUGGAUCAGGCGCAGCAGUGGCAGAGGGCCUUGGAACUUCUGGGUGAACUGCCGCGGCGUGGGAUCCAAGCGUCGUGUGCUGCGAUCAACUCGGCCAUGGCUUGUUGCGAACGCCAAAGUCUCUGGCAAGAAGCCCUGGCUCUGUUCAAUCCCGUGGCAGCUGACUUGCGGAGUUUUAACACCGCCCUACGGGCGUUGGGUCGAGGCAGUUGGCGAAGUGUCUUACGACUUCUCUCGGCCAUGGCUCCGCACAUCAGCCCUGACUGCAAGUCGUACCUGGCCAUCUCCGAUGCCCUGGUGAAGAGUCAGCAGGUGGGACGCACUGGUGGCACUGGGGCCCUAGUGGGCCUAUGA